GCUCGCACCACGGUCACACCAAAAGCUGCUGUGGAAAAACUCAUGCACAAUAGAAAAUAGAAAAACCGAAGAUUUCCAAAACAACUAAAAAUCACCGCCUCAGAAACCUGAGUAGCAUAUGCAGAAUAUCUCCCAGUAUUGGAUUUUAAACGAAACUAAAGGGAAAGCGAGAGUAGAGCGACGCAAACAGGAAAGUUUAUUUGCACUCUAUAGAUAGCACCCAAGGAGAACCACAAAAGGCGAAACCAAAAUGGGAAAUGAAACAUCACUGCCCAUGGAAAUGUGUUCCAAUUUUGACGCCGAUGAAAUCCGGCGGUUGGGCAAACGCUUCCGGAAGCUAGAUCUGGACAACUCGGGAGCGCUGAGCGUGGACGAGUUCAUGUCGCUGCCAGAACUGCAACAGAAUCCACUGGUGCAGCGCGUGAUUGACAUUUUCGACGCGGACGGCAAUGGCGAGGUGGACUUUAAGGAGUUCAUCCAGGGCGUGUCACAGUUCAGUGUCAAGGGCGACAAGCUAUCGAAGCUGCGCUUUGCCUUUCGGAUCUACGACAUGGACAAUGACGGCUACAUUUCCAACGGCGAACUAUUUCAGGUGUUAAAGAUGAUGGUGGGUAAUAAUCUGAAGGACACGCAGUUGCAGCAGAUAGUGGAUAAGACGAUCGGAUUCGCGGAUAGGGACGAGGAUGGGAAGAUAUCUUUCGACGAGUUUUGCUCAGUGGUCGGCAAUACGGACAUUCACAAGAAGAUGGUUGUCGACGUCUAAAAUAGGUUUACCGAAGAUCCUUCUUAUUCGCGAUUUUAUUUAUUCUUUUGUACAUGCGUCGGCAUCCUUUGAUUGUCACUAUCAACACUAUUAUUAUGGUUAUUAUUUUUAUCAGCGACUCUUUAGUUGAAUAUUGUUAUAAGCCGUUAGCAAGCCAGUUCAGUCAGUCAGUCAGUAAAGCGAUGGAACGCUUGGGGAGCAAAUCGCGAAAACAAUGUUGUUAUCCUAUGUUAAAAAGUGGAAUAUUGCGCCUCCUACUUACUUUUUAAAUAUAUCCAUCUAUAUACUUAUAUAUAAAUGCAUAUAUAGUCAUAAUUUAUUAUACAAAUAUACUUUUAAAGAUUUUACAAACCCUAAAGCAAAACUAAUCUAAAACGGAAGCCAACUCUAUGCAAGUGAAGGCAAAUAAAGCAAACCAAGUUGAA